AUGCUGUACCCUCCCAAUCAGCCCGUCUACCACCAGUUGGGCAUCUCCAACUCGGUCUCAACCGGUGUGCUGCGUAAAAUCGGUUUCGUUCUGCUGAUCGUCGCCCUCGUCGCAGUGGCGGCCCGAAUGUCGAGGAUCGAGCCGCAAAAUAGACGGAUCAGUCGCGCCAGUCGUUAUGGCAGCGAUGCUAGUGUGGAGUGUCCCUCUGAUCGACCGUUUGUCUGCGACGCUCUUGAUGAACUCGGCCAAGAAUAUCCACCGUGGCUGAAGAAAGACGGCGGCAAGCAGGACUUUGCUAAGGAAGAACAGAAAGCGAUCGUAGAAGCCGAUGAGCUGCUCGACUGCGCCAAGAACCCAUUCUACAAGCAAUUCGGCAUAAUGGCAUUGACCGUCUCGAAACUGCUCCCGUGCAGUCAGGUCGAUCAAAACCAGCAAUUCUGUCUGGCCACUCCGCCGGCGCCUGUGGUCACUGCAGGGCCCCUACCAACUCAGGCCCAAGCGGAUGGCCUUCCUCCUUUGAUCUGGCUUUACGCUGCAAUCGGCACCACGAUCUUUGUUCUGCUGGCCGGUGGCGGCGGCGCCUACGCACUAAAGAAACGUCGGGAAAAGACAAAACUGCUCUCGGAGAAGGGGUCAUCAUCUGAAGAAGUGCCGUUGCCGGCAGGCGACCCAGCCAGCUCAACGGAGUCAGCCGAGACGGCCAAGCCACCCGAAGCAGCCAAGCCGCCCGAGGCACCCAAGUCACCCGAAGCAACAAAGCCGCCCGAGGCAGCCAAGCCGCCCGAGGCACCCAAGCCGCCCGAGGCACCCAAGCUCCCACUGCCACCGCUCAAGCUUGUGAUGUUUACGGAAGCCACGGACGAAUUUCCCAUCACAAAGUCGAUGGGGGACGGCGAGGCGGUCAUUUUUGAGAAUCCGCAGAAAGCGCUGGAUAAAUUGACACUUCAAGAAAGUAAAAGAAGGGCAGGUCUUGCCGCUGGAGUUGUCGAAUGUCAGCUACUUCCGAGCGAAAAAGAUCGAGGUGAAGUGCUGAAGCCACCGUACGCUCCGCUAUCCCCGGAAGAAGAUGCGAUGAAACACAAUGAGAACGAGCCGUACCCGGGGCUUUUUGCGCAGCCCACCACCUCAUCCAACACCAGCAGCGCACCCAGCAACACCGAGGAGAAAGGCGGUCGGAGCAACGCCGGCGCCGGCAGCCCACCGCCGAAAAGGAAAAGGAAGAAACGGAAGGGCCCGAAAACCCACAGGCAAACCGAUUCCGUGGCACCUUAUAUUUCAAGGACAUCCAAGCAAAAAGAGGCAAUGAGACAAGCGCGAGCCAAGGCAACAAAAGCGUUGAGCAAACAGGUCAAAUGGGAGAACGAGAAAUGGUUCAUCGUCCCACGACAGUCCCUUCCUGCCGGAUCUUUGCCGAACGAAGACGAUCGACUCUCCUCCGGGGCCGGCACCCCGUCGCCAGCCGCAGAUGAGGACCUGACGCACAUGGAGAAGAAAGAAAAGAAAAAACAGGAUGGCCCGGGUAAUAGCAAGGAAGACGAAGAUGCAGAGCUUCUCGGAAAGAAGGCCCCCCUUGUCACCAUGAAGCAAUAUCAAGACGGCCGGGACGAGGCGGUAAAAAUGCUUCCCAAAGUGUUCAGCAAGGAACGGAUGCUGGCCGGAAAACGGGUUGAAAUCAGCCUCGAGAGCCUCGACAAGAUCAACGCCGCAGUGUUGUACAAGCUGCAACAAGAAACGAAACAAGUUGUGCUGGUCGACGGUCCGGCGAUACUUUUCGGCGACUUGCAUGGAAAUGAUAUUGAUCUCUCGUUGUACCUUACCACCCUUACCGAUCACAUCGGUCACGCCGAUCCGAAAAUGUGCACCGACGGAAUCCGCCUGAUCUUCAUGGGCGACUACGUUGAUCGUGGAGACUUUUCGCUGGAGGUGCUCCUCAAGAUCCACAUCCUGAAGAUCCUCUAUUCUGAUCGGGUCCACCUCCUCCGCGGGAAUCACGAGACAGCUCGCAUCAACACGAGAUACGGCUUCUACGAGGAACUUACCCGCCGCUUUGAAUUUAAAGCGGCUAAGGAAAUGUGGCGCACGUUCAACUGGAUCUUUUCGUGGUACCCGUUGAUCGCGCACAGCCCCGGCAGGUUCAUUGCGAUGCACGGCGGUGGUGGCGAAACCGUGGCCGAGGACGGCGUUGCUGGAGUCAAUGCGGUGGGGAAGCCGAUUUGCGACCCUGACACCAAUACCACGGCGAGUGACGUGAUGUGGUCGGAUUUCAAUGCAGCCACGGAAGGCCAAAACGGAUUUGUCCAAAACGUACAUCGUGGGAAUGGUGUGUAUUUCAACCAAAUGGGGCUGGACCUCAUUCUCAAAAAUUGGAACGUCGGGUUGAUGGUGCGCGCCCACCAGUUGAAACCGGCUGGUUUCGGCAUGGCGGGCGAGGGAAAAUGCGCCACCGUUUUCUCGUCGUCGAACUACCAGCUGCCGACGCGUAACCACGGUGCCAUUCUGUGCAUCGGUGAGGACAGUUUCACCGUCUUUCAACUCAUCGUCAAGGACUGUAACGGAGAUUUUCCGUUCCAAGAAGUGCCCAAUGCACGCGUCGUGGACGCCCCUCGGUCCGGCAAGAGGUGCUCCCCGUUCCCCGCCAGCGAAGCCAAGCCACCGAAUGCACUCGAUGACCGGGAUCGCCAACAGCCGCGCGACACCCACGAGAUC